UACCACCGAUAGAGGGCGAUGAAUUGUCCAUAAUUAAAGAGGCGAAGAAGAAGAAAUCGCACAGUCGUACACUUCCGGGGUUGAAUUAUUGAUAACAACAACAUUUUUAAGUACUUUGCGAGGUUAUAAAUGAAAAUGUGUUGAAUGUAAAGGACUCUUUAACAUGUAUGUACACCUUAUACAUUGCUGAACCCACAUGUUACAGAAUUAACUUGAGUCGCAAUCCGUGGAUUGACCGAACGUUUAACGUUACUCGUAUUGUUAAAGAACAGCAAACAUGGAAAUAAACGAACCCUCUUCUGAUGACCCGCGUCAGCUGGCGCCCAAUCCAAGCCAACGGAGAAUUAAAGAACCCCCCAGAAUGCAGACUCCUGCAAGAAAUGCAGUUUUGCAAAGAUCCGGCGCUCGUACCCCGGGCCAGGAGGCCGACUCCCCGCUGCCCCCCCUCAGCGAGCGCCUGGCCCAGCUGCGGCCCUCCAGGGAGCUGCUGGAGUUCUACCGGCAGAAGGUCACCCAGUUCGACGGGGAGCAGGAGGCGCUGCUGCAGACGCUGGAGAAGUACCGCGGCAUAUCGGAGGACCAGCAUAAACUACAGUGGGAGGUGCGACAGCGCGAAGGAGAGGUGGCAGAGCUGCAGAAGGCCCUCAGUGACAUGCAGGUGUACCUGUUCCAGGAGCGAGAACAGUCCCUCAGACUCUACGCAGAGAACGACCGGCUGAAGAUCAGAGAGCUGGAGGACAGGAAGAAGAUCCAGCAUCUGUUGGCUCUGGUGGGUCCGGAUGUGGGAGAGAUUACGUACUUCCACAGAGAACCGCCGCAUAAGGUCACCAUCCCUCAGAAGAAGCCGGACGGCCGGUCUGAUGACCAUCUGAACCUCCGGCCCGCCCAGAAGAGACCUGGCGCAGCUAAAGAGGGCAGCAGAAAAACCAGAUCAUCAGAUGGUGGAAAUGGGGAAAACUUGGAGCAAUACAGGUCGGACAACCAGACGCUGUUACUGCAGGUGGAGGCGCUGCAGGCCCAGAUGGAGGAGCAGGCCCGGCUGGCUAAAGAGCAGGUGGAGUCUCUGCUGGAGGACCGCAGGAUCCAGGUGGACGAGGGCCAGGUGCAGCGCCGGAGAGACGAGCAGCGCAUUGCAGAUCUGACCGACAAGCUCCAGCGAACCCAGAACCUGCUGUACGAGAGCACGCGCGACUUCCUCCAGCUCAAGUUCGAGACGCGGGGCCACGAGAAGAGCUGGAUGGCAGAGAAGGACCGCCUGCUGAGGGACCUGGACGGCUGCCAGGAGCGUCUGAGGAAGGGCCGGACCGGGACGGACGACCAGGCCGGGGCGCGACGGGCCCGCCAGUCCGGCAGCCUCGGUUCAUCCCUGCCGCGGUCCCAGACCACAGAACCACAGGCCCAGCUCAACCUCCGAGAGGAUCGCAAGGCCCUGCAGGAGGAUCUGAAGCAAGCUCACCGCCUAGCUGAGAUGUACAGGGAGCAGUGCGUCACCAUGGAGACGGAGCUGUCCCAGAUUAGGGAGGAGGGCGACGUGGGCAGGGAGAUAUUCAAAGAGCGGUCGGAGAAGAUGGCCAAACGCCUGCAGUUGAUGACUCAGCGAUACGAGGCCCUGGAGAAGAGGAGGUCCAUGGAGGCCGAGGGCUUCAAGGCAGACCUCAAACUCCUCAGACGGAAACUGAAAGACGUGGAGACACAGCUCCUUAAGGUGACACUCAGCGUGGGCCCAAACCAGGACUUAGCCAUUCUGCACGAGGUGAAGCGGACGAAUUCCCGCACCAAGAAGGUUCAGGAAGAACUGCUGGCCCUAAAACGCCAGAUCUUUGGGCUAGAAAACGAGCUCCGGUUCUGCUGAGAUUUGAUUCGAUUUCCUGGAGUCAAUGUGUACUUAUCAAAAUGUAUUUAUUUAUAAAAGUUAUUUUGAAUACAAGUUGUUUUUUUGUUCAUGAUUUAUUUUGCAUCAAUAAUCAAACUAUAACUAUCAGAUUCAUCACUAUGUUAGAAGAUAAAUUGAUAAAUAGAAUUGUAGCAAUUUGUGCAACGUUGGUUGUAGUUUAAGAGAUGGGCAUGCUCUACUGGCAUUCUAUUUCACAGGUUUAUAUCCAUUGCUAAGUUAACAUGGUAUGUGUGUAGGUACGUGUUUCACUCAUGGUGACAGUAGUUGUUCAGUUUGACAAAAUCAAUAAACAUAAAUGAUGCGACAUUUGUGUCUUCUGAAAAAUAGUUUA